AUGUAACAGUAAGAUGUAGCACACGGCAAGACAUCGGACAUCGGGCUCAGUAAACGUAUCCAGCCUCCCUUCAAAUCAACAAUCUCCUCAUGUUAGCGGCCUGGAGACGACGAAAGGAGGUAUGCCGAGCAAUUGCAAGCAGCUGACUGAUCGAAAAUGUCCUGAAAUUGGAAGACAGUCUGCAAAUGCUCGUGCUUGGAUGGAUGAAGACCAAUCGACAGAGCAGAUUCAUGUAUUUGCGGUGUACUCCGCAAACGCAGUACUCAAUUGACAGUAAGGUGACGGCUUUGCGGCACGAGGAGAGAAACCACAGAAGGACAAGGAAGCUCGAAAGUCGAGAGCGGGCGCGACGGGCGUUAUCCGGUCGCAGCGGUGAACUCCGAGCCAGAAAAUGCGAAGAGGAGGCGGACGAGGAGGAGGAGCUUGAAUUUGCCGCGGUCGAUGCUGUCAGUCAUCGAGGUCUGAUGUCGGCAGAUUUUACUUCCUGCUUGAGCUUGAGGCCGAAUCCUUCGUGCUUUCGAUCCCUCGCUCAUACGCAGGCGGGUGGAGGUCGACCCGGAGGAUUGUUUGCUUCAUGGUCGCAGCGCUUCUGGGACCGGCCUCGUUGCGCUCUGCGCUGCUGCCUCGUUCUCCGCUCCUUUGCUGCUGCCGCUGUCGCGACUGCCGCCGCUCCCCUCCCGCUAGGGAGAAUGAAGGAGGACUCCGAACACGCCGUGGUUCUUGACAGAGAAAAAUUCAAGCGGAAACUUCAGCUGAAGGCCCUCCGCAUUCCUAAAGAACAUUCUCAUUUCGUGUCCAAAACUCUGUCCAGGUUCACUUUGGAGAGGCAGCGUUUGAAGCAUGUAAUCCACGACCCGUUGAGCGCCCAGAAUCGUCUGGUCCUUCUUGCCGAGAACGUCAGUGAAACUGGUUUACCAGAAGAGAAGGUAGCUGCGAUUAAAGAAGUUACAGAAGUGGAAUUUAUUCCUCAUGAGAUUGACCUUGACUACUCGUACUUCACUGUUGAACAAGUUUUGAAGGAGAUUCUUCCCGAAGGCUGGAAAGUGCCGGCGUCUUUUGAAACAGUUGGUCACAUUGCGCAUCUCAACUUGACAGAUGAAUUGCUCCCGUACAGGAAGGUCAUCGCAGAGGUGUUCUUAGAUAAAAAUUCUCCAAAGAUCAGGACCAUCGUGAACAAGGUAGGCACCAUUUCCAAUGAAUUCCGAGUUCCAACAUGGGAAGUUUUGGCAGGAGACACAGAUCUGGUCGCUGAAGUUAAGCAGCAGGGCUCGACAUUUCGGCUGGACUUCGGUCUCGUUUACUGGAACUCUAGGUUAGAGUUUGAACACAAGCGAUUACCGUCACAAUUUAAGCCAGGGCAGGUCAUAGUCGAUAUGUUUGCUGGCAUUGGUCCGUUUGCCAUUCCAGCAGCACAGAAAGGCUGUGUUGUGCUGGCCAACGACUUGAAUCCAGACAGCAUUAAGUACUUGAAAAUCAAUGCGAAAGUGAACAAAGUGGAGGGGAGGGUCUUCGCUUACAACAUGGAUGCGCGUGAGUUUAUGAAGCACAUUGUGAAAAAGGUGGCCACUGAUACAGACAGCGUAAAGACGCUAGAGGACGGGGAUCAAAAUGGGUCGCCGGCUAAAGGACCGCCAUUCUCCACUGAGAGAGCAGACGCUACUGGAGAGGACAGGAAGCAAGAAGCCAAGGAGUUCAAGGUAAAAGGAAAGGCAAAGGGCAAACAAGACGUUCAAGUUCCUCCUCCGAUGCCAUGGGAAGGAUUUCAUCACGUUCCAAUGAACCUACCAGCAUCUGCACUAGAGUUUCUGGAUGUAUUCCAAGGACUUCUGUCAAGAGAUCAUUGGAAGGGCCCAAUGCCGCGGAUUCACUGCUAUUGCUUUAUGAGGGCUAUCGAAACUCACGCAGACGUUCUCAAGCGCGCUGAAGGCAUUUUAGGAGGGGUUAUCAAGGAUCCACAAGUGUGGACUGUCCGAGACGUCGCCCCAAACAAGAUUAUGCUAUGCAUCAGCUUUGAUCUGCCUGAGGCCGUAGCAUUCGGAGAAGUGAGCGAAGAAGUUUCGCCAGCUAAAUUUUUGCCUGCUCAGGAGAACUUGGAGUCCGCACCCGAAGAAGUAUCUUCACCACAGCCUGUACAGCUACAAAGUAAACGCCCUCGAACGGAGUGUGAGCCACCCGUUUCUUGAGUGGUCCAAAUGGUUGAAAAGUAGCAGUUAUAAAAUUUACUUGACCAUGGCAAUAUCUAUUAUGCCGGUCAAUUGCCGGUCCAAUUUAUCGUGGUUAAGUUUCAUGAAGCCAAAUGCCC